CUGUUUCUCCGCUAGUAAGCCAAAACAUGGCAGCCAGCGAGGACUUUUCACCAAAGAGUACCAAAACUUGAAGACCCAUAAUUAAGUGACAGACGACUAACUCUCUCUCUCUCUCUCUCUCGCUCGCACUCUUAUCUCUUCACUAGUUUCAUCUUGGGCUAUUAUGCUCUAACUAUCUUUAACUUUCAUUUACUAUAAUGACUUUUAACGUUUUUGGGUGAAAACCUAUCCUUUUAUUUCCAUCCCCCUAUUUUCUAUAUAAAUGCAUAAGCGUGAGGCACACUGAUAAGUAAACUAAGAGGGAAUAUACAAAUUAAGAUGAAAUCUUCCGUAGUCUCUUCCAUGCUUGUCGUUCUUCUUCUUCUUCUCGUGUUUCCACAUGGCGAACAAAGGGAGCUCCAGAAACUUAGUGGAGUAGAGACUUACCAUCCUGGUCAAGUGACGGUCCAAGCAAGGGGCAUUCCGGGAAUCCAUAUUCCUGAACCAAAACCUAAUAUUCAUAUUCCUCCUAAUUUUCAGUUUCCUCCUCGUCGUCCAACAUUGCCGCCUGGUACUAAGUGCCCGAACGGGAAAAAAUACGUGGCAUUCUGUAAGAAGUAUAAAAUCCCAUUUGCAUCCCCUCCACCCCCAAGGUUUCUUUGAGGCAAAUAUCGACCACCCUGGCCAUUGACCUCCCUUUAAGCUUCGAAUGCGUCUAUAUAUAUAUGUGUGUGUCCACUUUUCUUACGUUGUACUGGUUUGGCUUCUGUGCUUCUUUUCAUUACCGAAUAUGCAGAUUGGGUGUUUGUCAUACAUUGUGUUAUUGUCAAUUUGGGUUUGUUUCUAUUUUCUGCCGCCAGUUUAAUAAUUAUGUUUAAUAAGCGGCCGCUAAUAUAUAUAAAAUAUUGUUAUAUCUUUUCUGGUGUUCAAGAGUACCGGCUCUCUUUAGUUACAUUCAUAUGACCAUCCAAACAUUUCUUAAUUACCAGUAUACAAUAUAUACUUGGCAGUACGUAAAAAAUCACACCGACCAGUUAUGAUCGAGUGACAUCAUAGCACAGCUAUAAGAUUUAAACAGAGCCUUGAAGGAUAUAUGUCAAAUGUGUACAAACUUUAUAAUUGUCCCAUUAAUUUGCUGCGCUUCUUUUUUUUUCUUUUUUUAAAAAAGGGUUGAUCAUUACUGUAGUAUAUACAAAUAAAACUGAAAAUUGGAAAAUAAUUUACGUCACAAGAAAAAAAAAUUGGGAAGCUGCGAUGGCUGCUACUGUGCUCCUCCGCCUUUUCACUCCAAUCCCAUCCUCCAUUAAACCGCCGUCUCGUCACCGCCGAUUCCUUCACCACAAUUUAUUUCCCAAUAUACCCUUACCGUCCUCUUCUUCACUUGUCAAAUUCGGCGCCGGAAACUCCGAACCCCAACCUCCACCGCCUUUGCCGGAGGCCGAUUGUCCCGUUCCGCCUGAACAGCAACCAAUCAACGAGUACCAGUCUCUCUCCUCCUCUUUCCCUUUCUCCUGGGCCUCUGGAGAUCUCGUCGAGUACUCCUCCAGGCUCUUCGUCACCGGCGCUUCUUUCGCGUUUUUCGUCGGGUUACCCGUUUCCUGGUUCGGAUCCGUCGGACCCGAAUACGAACCCGUCAAGCGGAUACUCGCCGCCGGCUCUAGCGGGAUCUUCGUCGUCACGCUUGCUGUCGUAAGGAUGUAUCUGGGUUGGGCCUACGUCGGAAAUCGUCUUCUUAGCGCCACCGUCGAGUAUGAAGAAACUGGGUGGUAUGAUGGUCAGGUAUGGGUGAAAACACCUCAAGUCUUGGCGCGAGACCGUCUUCUUGGAUCUUUCUCGGUAAAACCAGUCCUUGCCAGGCUGAAAAACACGCUAGUCAUUCUCGGAUUAUCGCUCAUUCUAGUCGUAAACCUUGGCAAUUCUCCAAUUGCAUCGUCUUACAGAACAUAUAAAGAUCCUAGGGACAGAUCCUCGAUGCCAAUACCAGGAGCGUACAAUGAUGAAACCGCAAGAACGUUCGAACCAGAGGCUUUCUGUGGGGAACCUUCUUCAGAUCUCUGAAAUCUCCUCAUUUCAAUACAAAAACAGACAGCUUCUGAGUUCUGAUAGUACAUAUAUCUGUACAUUCUUGUAUAUUUUGCGGUAACCAAUCUUUACCUAUUGCAUUCAAAACAUGAACCCAAAAGAUAUUUGAUGGGUUGUCUCUUGAUGAAUCGAAAUCAUAACUACAGGUAUCGAAAGAUGUCAUAUCAAUGCUCUUUCAUCUCUGAAACUAUCCUUGCUUGCUUGC